UCAGUGGAAUUGGACGCGUUGCAAGUUAGUCGGCCAACACUAUAACACUUUCUAAGUUGUUUGUUCACUUAAAUUGUAGAUGCUAAACGUGCUAAGUGAAUAUCGGACUUAAAGUAAAGUUUUACAACGUUUGAAUAAAAAUGCCUCAAUCUCCGAGUGCUACCUCUGUAGGAUCUGGGAGUAGAUCACCCACAAAAGCUUCUGCUGGCCCACGAACAGCCAGUGGUAGUACAGUCCGUCAACGAAAAUCAACUACUACUACAACUGCAGCCAGAAACCGAAGCACUGGUGCUGGUUCUGGAGGAAUGUGGAGGUUCUAUACCGAUGAUUCUCCUGGAGUCAAAGUGGGGCCAGUUCCUGUUUUAGUGAUGUCUCUCCUGUUUAUUGCAUCGGUAUUCAUGUUACACAUUUGGGGAAAAUAUACUAGAGCAUAAUAAUUUAAACCUUAAUAUGUAAUAUAACAUGUUGUUACUUUUAAUAACUUGUUAUUAGUCUAAGAUAAUAUAUGGUAAGUAUGUGUUUGGAAAACAAGUUAAUACCUUAUAAUGUAAAUUGUGUUAAUUUAAUAUUAAAAUAAAAUUAAAUAUAAGUGGAAUAAU